AAUCUGGUUAUGGCUAAUUAAAAUACCCUCCUUUUAAUUAUUGCCGUUUUAAUUGUUGGGUUUGUGACAAAUACAUGCAACCACAACCUUAAAAGCAUUAAAGUUUGUUCUUUGUAAUUGUACCUACCUUUAUAAAAGAAACAAAGAUGGGUUUGAAUGCAAGGGACAUUCAACUUCAUUUGUUUAGAGUUAUUCAUAUUUCGAUUGGAAAGAGCUUUACUUUUAUGAAAAAGCAUCCAAAAGUUUCAUGUGCUUUGUUAGUCUUCUUCAUAAUGUAUAUAUUUCUUUCUUGUAUAUACAAUUUGUUGCUUUUCUUGUCUCCAUUUCUUGUGUUUACUUCAAUUUUGGUCAGAAUUUUUUGGAGUUCUGAGCAAACAAAUAUUGGAUGUGUGGAGAAAAAUGGAGAGGAAAAAAGGGUUGAAGCAAAAAAUCUACCUAAUAUGGUUCUCAAGAAUGAGAGACGUGGAAAACUUUAUAAGUAUCCGUCACAUAAUGCAACAAGUAGAAGAAGAAAUUUCACUAGGAAGAAAUUAGAUGUCUACGGUGAUUUAGAACAAAAAGCUAAGGAUUUAUCAGCGGUGUUUCGAAAUGACUUUACUAAAAAGAACACGGAAAUUCGUUCAGGAUUAAAAUUUUUGGAGAAAGAAAUGGACCCUUUGGAUUAUAAGUUUUUAGAAAGAAAAAGAGUUGAGGCUCCUGAAAAGCCAUUAAUGAUUUCUGAACCUUCAAUGGUUGACCUGGUGACUUGUAGUGCAAGUAAUGAUGGUCAAGAGAAAAGGACAGAGAAAAUAGAAGAUGAGAAAAAGGCAAUAGAAGAUAGUAAUAAUAAAGGUGUGGAAAUUAAAGAGGAUGAUCAAAAAAAGCUAAUGGAUCUUGGAAUUAGUGAAAUGGAAAGCAACAAAAGGUUGGAGAGUCUUAUAGCUAGAAGAAGGGCAAGAAAACAAUUGAAAUUGGAGAUUGAGAAUGGUUUAAUUGAUAUUGAAUCAAUUUCUCCAAGCCAAAUUGCACCAUUGCUCAUUUCAAGAAUUAACCCUUUUGAUUCUCCAAGAGAUUUUGAUGACAUAGAAAUGCCUGGUUCUGCUCCAACUGCUUUGAGAAGUCCAUUUGAUAUUCCCUAUGAACCUUUUGAAGAGAAACCAAACCUCAAGGGGGAUAUUUUUUAUCAUGAAUUCGCAAAUGACUUGCCAUUAGAACUUAGACAAGACCUUGAAGCAAGAGAGAACAAACUAGCAAACCAAAGACUUAGAAGGCUUUCAGGUAUGGGAAAUCAUGAUAGGCCUGAAAAGUUAAACUCCAAAGAAGGAAGUGAAAGUGAAUUACAAGCUUCCAAUCCAUCAAAUGAAGGAGAGGAAACAACACAUGAAGAGGAAGGGAAAUGUAAAAUUGAUAUGGUUGGCAUGAAAAGUGAGGAAGUAGACAAUGGUGAUCCAACAAAUUCCAUCUCAAACAAUGCAAGUGAGCCAAUAACAAAUGUUGAAAGCAUUAUAACUGCUUCUCCUAAGCCUCAAGUGGAAGUUCUUGAUUUUCCAAUAUCUACUGCUAAUGUUUCUACUAUAAAUGAUUCAUUAUAUGAAUCUCUUUCAACUCCUGUUGAUGUGAAUGAAGGAAACAUGUUAUUUACAAAGGGACUAAUAUGUCAUACACCAUCAUGUUCCUUAGCUUCUGACUUACAAGUUGAGUUUUCUGAAAUUGGUUCACCAACACUCACAAUUGAUGAGAGCCAUGAGAACUUUACAUUCACAGAUGGUGAAUAUCAUGUUGAUAAAGAUCUUAAUUCUUUACAUAACAAUGAUGAAGAAAAUGCAGCUGAUGUGAGUUCUAUGGCCUCAAAAUCUGAAAUACUUUAUGAUACUCCAAUUUAUGCAAUGAGUAGUGAUCAUAAUAACAUAUUGGAUAAUGUGAGACAAACUAGUUCAUCUCAAUAUUCUUCCGAUGUAUUAGCACGUUGGAAGCGGUUGAUGCGGUUGAUGGAUACUCGCGUUAAUCAUUUACCUAGUGAAAUACUUUCAGAAAAUCUGAAGGAAAGUAACCAGAUAGAUAAUCUAAUAAACAAGGAACAAGUUGUCAAUGAUGUGAAUAACUCAGAAGCUACUAAGCAAGACAACACAGAGGACUUAAGGUGUAAUGAAGAGCCUGGUGCAUCAGGUGUGAGACAAGAAGCAACUGAUGAAAUCUCAACCAACUCAAGUUCAACAUCAUCAUCAUCACCAAGUUCUGUAUUGCCGAUACAACAGAAGACAACAACAGAUCAAGAGAUACACAUAGGUGUUCAACAAUCUGACAUGGAAGAUGUGGCACAAGAAAUAGUAAACGGUGAAGGUCCACUUGAUUCCAUGUCUCAAAAUAUUCAUCCUUUCAUGGAUGAUCCACAUGUUGAAUCGCAUAACAAUGAUUUGGACCAUUCUCAGGAAAGAACUAAUCCCUUGGAGAACUCCAUUCAAGAAUCAAAUAUGUCCAACAACAUGAAUAAUGCAGAAGUUUGUAAUCAAGAGGACCAAAAGUUAAAGAAUGAUGAGAAAAGUGAAGACAAAUUUACUCCCCAGGGUAUACAGGAUGCUUCAGCAGAACCACAUAGACCAGCAGAGGUGCCAUUGAUUCCUCCAAUUCUAGAAUCAUCAUCAGAAAUUCACAUAGAGAAUGAAGGAAAGUCCCAAGCAUCAUCGAGACACCCAUUUAUCAAUGAUGAAGAAGUAGUAGACACAAGUUCUUCUAAAGAUUUUGAAGAAAAACACAAUGACUUGAAUGAAAAUGAAGGCUUACUCUCAUCUUGCAUUUCAUCACAGGAAAGCGAUAAAUCGAGCGAAAAUCAUAGCUCGAAAGAAGAGAACUAUUUGCAGAGUGAGUUAAAUCAGAUGGUUAUAGGGCAUAUAGAAAAGGAACAGUUGGACAAAGGCGAUAUCUCUGAAGAUUUUUCAAUGCCAACGGUCACUGAAGUAACCAAUGCUGAAGACACAUUAGGAGAACCUGACAAGAUGAACAAAAGUGAAACCACUGAUCAAGAAUUGCACAAAAAUAAUCAAACCAUGGUUUUAUCAGAUGAAGAAACUGAUAAGGAAGGAACUUAUCCUUUGGAGAACUCCAUUCAAGAAUCAAGUAUGUUCAAGAAUAUGAAUGGUGCAGAAGUUUGCAAUCAGGAAGACCAAAAGUUAAAGAAUGAUGAAAUCAGUGAAGACAAAAUCACUUCCCAAAGUAGACAGGAUGCUUCAGCAGAACCACAUAAACUAGAAGAGGUUCCAACGAUUUCUCCAAUGAUAGAAUCAUCAUUAGAAAUUCACAUAGAGAAUGAAGGAAAAUCCCAAGAUUCAUUGAGACAACCAUUUAUCAAUGAUGAAGUAGUAGACACAAGCUCUUUUAAUGAUUUUGAAGGAAAACACAAUGACUUGAAUGAAAAUGAAGGCUUACUCUCAUCUUGCAUUUCAUCACGGGAAAUAGAUAUAUCGAACGAAAAUCAUAGCUCAAAAGAAGAGAACUUUUUGCAAAAUGAGUCAAAUCAGGUGGUUAUAGAUGAUACAGAAAAGGAACAGUUGGACAAAGGUGAUAUCUCUGAAGAUUCUUCACUACCAAUGGUCACUGAAGUAACCAACGCGGAAGACACAUUAGGAGAAUAUGAUAAUAUUAACAAGAAUGAAAUCACUGAUCAAGAAUUGCACAAAAAUAAUCAAACCAUGGUUAUUUCUGAACUAGAUGGAGAAACUGAUAAAGUUAGCAACAUAGCACACGUGAAUGAUCCUUAAGAAAGUACUUCAGCUUGAUGGUGUAACGUUAGCUAUGUAGCACCGACACUUCAUAUUACAAAUGAGUCUAGUGUCCGACACGUGUCAAUGUCAUAUCACCGACAUAUGUAGUUAUUAAUCACUUUUAUUGCCUUAAAUUACUACUUGCUUCUACGUGUCAGUGUCAAAUGUCAAUGUUAGUGGUUCAAAGAAGCGUUAGUGAUGCACCAAAGGCUGAGAACAUGCUGCAACAAGGGAUCACUGAGCCAACAAUUCCAAGCUAAGAAGAAAAGGAAAACCUUUCCAAGAAUUUGUGAAAUGAUGCAACUAGGAAAAAGUCAAGACCUACUAUUCUUUGAUGCUGCUCACCUGAAAAUCAGUUUGGCAAAAGUUAAUUUCCAUUAUCAGAUAACAGAUUGAGAAAAGUCAGAAUUUAUGAAAUUAAGAAGACUAAACUCAGAGUUGGACUAAUCAAUUUUAGUACGUAGUUCCAAAGAUGUUCAUAAUUGUAUUCUAUUAGUCACACAUUCACAAUGUAGAAAGUAAGAAACUUAGAACUGUAGUAGGACUUUUGUAUAUAUAUAUAUAUAUAUAUAUUGUAAUCAUAUUUUAUCUCAAACUUAAAUGACUAUCAUUGUUGUGUUCAUAAUGUUUCUUUCAUAAUGUUUUUUUCCUUUGUUGACUAUCAA